AUGAUUGAAAAUGGAAGAAGAUUGGGUGCUGGAACAAGAUGCCCUUUGAUGUAUACAUAUUUUGGCACUAAACAUUUGGGUGCUGCUCAUGGUUUAGCUGGGAUUUUGCAUGUUUUGAUGCAUUUUGAUUUGACUCCUGAUGUACAAGAUGAUGUGAAGAAGAGCCUUAAGUACUUGAUUAAUACUAGAUUCCCUAGUGGGAACUAUCCUUCUAAAGAAGAUGAUAGAGAGGAUAUUUUUGUCCAAUGGUGUCAAGGAGCAUCUGGAAUGGCUCUCACCCUUGUCAAAGCUGCUGAGGUUUUUGGAGAUAAGGAGUUUGUGGAUGCAGCAAUGGAGGCUGGAGAAGUUGUGUGGAAACGUGGGUUGUUGAAAAGUGUUGGACUUUGUCAUGGGAUUAGUGGGAAUGUUUAUGUUUUUUUGGCACUUUAUAGGUUGACAAAAAAUGAGGAGAUGUUGAAAAGGGCCAAGUUGUUUGCUUGUUUUUUACUUGGUAGAGGAGUCAAGCUUAUGAGGAAAAAGAAGAUGGAUACAGGUGAGAAUCCGCUUUCGUUGUUUGAAGGAGUUGGAGGCAUGGCGUAUCUUUUCUUAGAUAUGAUGAAUCCUGAUGAAGCUAGAUUCCCUGGUUAUGAACUUUGA